CUUCCUUUUUUGCUGCACAGAUCCAUAAUGCAGAGCGAUAACUAGCGGCUCGCCAGCUUAGCUGUGGUGCCUGCGCCAAGCUUGUGGCACAGCAGCUCCAGAGACACCUGAACACCGCUGCAGCUCCACCAGCCCAGCUCCAGCAGGAGCAGAGAAAAGUGUGGAGAUGACCACCCUGCUGCUGACCACCCUUGUCCUCUGCUUUGCUGAGUCUGUCUUGCCAUGCCAAGACAUAGAGGAUAUACAGAACUUCACGCUCCACCUGGCUGAGGGGCUGGAGCAGCACAGCCCCCAGUACAACCGGGACAGGUUAAAUCAGCUUGAGCAGGUGCUAGCCUGCAGAAAACCUGGCAAGGAGGGAUGGCACUUCAAGGCCAAACUGGUCGAGACCCAUGUGUUUAGUAUCACGGCAGACAGCUUCAAAGGUUUAAAUCUCACCAGCAGUACGCAGGCACAGAAAAAGGGGCGAAGCAUGGCACAGUUCGAGCACGCCAUAAGAUUCCCAGAGGAGCUCAUGCGGGGCAUCCGGGCACAGGAGGAGCAGACGCUCGUCUGCAUUUACAUCCACAGUUCUUACAUCUUCCUGGAUAAGCAGAACAGCUCUGUACUGAACAACCACAUCCUGGGAGCCUUCCUGAAGAACAGGACCGUGACUGGGCUCAGGAGACCUGUGGAGAUCCAGUUCUGGCACAACAUGGUGCUGGAUGCCUCCAAUGCAACCUGUGUCUUCUGGGUGCCUGGAGCUGACGCCGGCAGUGCAGGCAGCUGGAGUAGUGAGGGCUGCGAGACCCAGCACAAAGAGGGCACCGUUGUCUGCCUCUGCAACCACCUCACCUACUUUGCCGUCUUGAUGGUCCACAACCCUUCUUCCCUUCCCGUCUUCCCCCUGCUUAGCUCUCCAGGCAGCUCAGUGGGGAUGUGGGUGUGCGUGGGUGUGCGUGGGGGUGUAGAGGGUGCUAUGAGGGGUGGUUUUUGCAAGAAGAUUCCCCCCCCCCCCCCAUUCUCCCAGCUGGUGGGUGCUGUGUGGGACCUUCCUGUGGCUCACCCCAUCCUUACCUCUCUUGGGCAGAUCCAGGCACAAAACCUGAGCCAGCGUGAACUGGAGUCUCUCACCUACAUCAGCACAGUGGGCUGCUCCAUCUCAGCCACUGCCACCUUCUGCACCCUCCUGCUCUGCUGCUUCUUCAGGCGCUGGCCGCAGGACAACACGACCAGGAUCCACAUGAAUCUCCUGGCUGCGCUGUUCCUGCUCAAUGGCAGCUUCCUGCUGAGCAAGCCGCUGGCCACCAGCACCAAGGGGCCCUGCCGGGCCGCUGCUGCCCUGCUCCAUGGAAGCCUCCUCUGCUCCCUGGCAUGGAUGGGUGCCGAGGCCUUCCACCUCUACCUCCUCCUCGUCAAGGUCUACAACAUCUACAUUCAGCAAUACCUCCUCAAGCUCUGCCUCUUUGCUUGGGGUGAGUGGCUCCCAUGGGCUUCCGCUGGCACCGCUGCCCCAGCCGAGCCCCACACAGCCUCUACUUGGCCCCCAGGUCUGCCCACGCUGGUUGUGAUGGCUGUUCUGAUCUUCAGUGGAGAAACCUAUGGGUACCAUGUCAUCAGCACCACUGACGGCUACAAGAAUAUGAACAUGUGCUGGCUCACCAGCCAGCUGGCCCACAAGGUCACCCUCUGCUAUGCUGGCCUCAUCCUGCUCUUCAACAUGCUGAUGCUGGUGGCCGUGGUAGCAAUGCUGAGGAGGAUCCAGCGCCAGAAGGGGCAGGCGAGAAGGGACUGGGCAACGGUGCUGGGGCUCACCUGCCUGCUGGGAACCACCUGGGGGCUGGCCUUCUUCAGCUUUGGCGUCUUUCUCAUCCCCCAGCUCUACCUCUUCACUAUCCUCAACUCCCUGCAAGGUCUCUUCAUCUGCCUGUGGUACCUCACCACAUACCGCCGCAGCAAGUCCAGCUCUGACAGCAGCACCUCCAGAUAACACGUCCUGCUGAGGGGCUGUGGGGAUCCAGGAGCUGCAGAGGAAGUAUUUGAGCUGCAAAGGAGCUGCCCAGAGCCAGGGGCCUGCACCCACCCACAGCACCACUGUCGUGCCCAGCUGCCCUGCACCAUCCCGGACACUUGGCUCAGGGGGGCCGUGCUGCCCCCCCUCAUUUUUACUGGAAUUGACUUCUCCCACAGGGUGCAAAUGGGCUGGAGCAGAGCGGGACAUGGGACAGCCAGCCAUUGGCACCCUCUAUCUCAAAGCAGAGCAGCAGGCACUGCGGUGCAUGGCGAUCAUUCUCCCCAGCAUCUCCUCACCUGUGACAUGGGGGAAGCAGCCUUCCUGCUCAUCCAAGAGCGAGGUCCGGGACAGCGGCUGCCCGCAGCCCCAGUCGCCAGCAAUCAUGCACACAAGGGCUUUGGCUUAGUGAUUCUGGAGUAGAGAGGAGGGUGGUAAAUGAAUAAAUGAGCUGACAGCAAAGAUAAAUUGGCUUUCCUCCCUCUCUCUUAUGAGACUGGACUCAGAGCAGAGCUCUUCAAUGCAAAUAAACUCUUUAUCAGGGUUUAAACAGCCCAGCCUGCAGGAAAUAAAUAGAAAGGACAAA